UGUUUUGAAGACCUGAAAGUUCCAAGCAAAUACAAAAAUGAGAAAUUAGAUUCUUCAGUAUCGGAAACAGUCUAACCAACCGUAUACUAUGGAUUUUCAAACAGAACCCUUGGACCUAUCAAUAAAAGGCAGUAAGCCUCCCAAAAUGUUAAACAUAAUCGACUUCAAAUUCCUCGAAGGUUUGAACAAUCACUUGGUAAAGUUGUACGAGAGAACAAGCUUGGUGUGCAGUAAGGAAAGCUACUGUUUGCCCCAGAAACCAGCCAACAUGAAGAACAUUUUGCCAUGUCAAGUUUGCUUGAAGACAUUCGACCGGCCAUCAUUGCUGAAAAGACAUAUGAGGACACAUACAGGUGAAAAGCCUCACAUCUGCAACGUGUGCAAUAAAGGUUUCAGCACCUCCAGCUCACUGAAUACACAUCGUAGGAUACACACAGGGGAGAAGCCGCACAAAUGUCCUGAAUGCGGGAAAUGUUUCACAGCCAGCUCAAACCUCUAUUAUCAUCGGAUGACACAUACUAAGAACAAGCCGCACAAGUGCGUGUGGUGCCCGCGCUCGUUCCCCACGCCCGGCGAGCUGCGCGCGCACGCCGCCGGACACGCGACACACGCCGGACACGCGGGACACGCGGGACACGCGCCACACGCCGGACACGCGGGACACGCGACACACGCCGGACACUGCGCGAGGGACAACACGCACUACAGGCGGCUCACACACACAUCUGCACAAUAA